AUGAAAAACGGUACCAUAAGAACAUUCAUUCUGCUGGGACUGACAGAUGACCCUGAGCUUCAGGUUCUGAUUUUUAUCUUUCUAUUUCUCACCUACUUGCUGAGUGUAACUGGAAACCUGACCAUCAUCACACUCACCUUUAUGGAUUCCCACCUUAAAACACCCAUGUACUUUUUCUUAAAAAAUUUCUCCUUCUUGAAAAUCUCAUUCACAUCUGCUUGUAUUCCCAGAUACUUGUAUAGCAUAGCAACAGGUGACAAGGUCAUUACCUAUAAUGCUUGUGCCACCCAAUUGUUUUUUAUUGACCUCUGUAUAGUAGUGGAAUUUUUUCUGCUGGCUGCCAUGUCCUAUGACCGCUAUGUGGCCAUAUGCAAACCCUUGCAUUAUGUGAUCAUCAUGAGCAGCAGAGUCUGCAGGAUUCUCAUCAUCUGUUGUUGGAUGGCUGGUUUAUGUGUAAUAAUGCCACCACUUGGCCUGGGUUUAAAUCUAAAAUUCUGUGACUCUAACAGGAUUGAUCAUUUUGGCUGUGAUGCAUUGCCCUUAGUGAAAAUCUCAUGCUCGGACACAUGGUUCAUAGAACAGACAGUUAUAAUCUGUGCUGUGCUGACCCUGAAUAUGACUCUUACUUGUGUAGUUUUGUCAUAUGCUUGCAUCAUCAAGACAAUUUUUAGAUUCCCUUCUGUUCAGCAAAGGAAAAAGGCCUUUUCUACCUGUUCUUCCCACAUGAUUGUGGUUUCCAUCACCUAUGGCACAUGCAUUUUCAUCUACAUGAAUCCAACAGCAAAGGAAGAAAUGACUGUUAACAAAGUAGUCUAACUGCUUAUUUCUUCUAUUUCACCUUCAUUGAACCCAUUUAUCUAUACCUUGAGAAACAAUCAAGUUAAGGAAGUCUUCAAGGACUCAAUCAAAAGAAUUGCCUUUCUCUCAACUAGGUAA